UCAGCAUUCACAUUAGUAAUCGUGUGACGAAAAAUAUUCUGCAAUACGUUAUUUUUAACAUCGGUCGUCAAGUUGUCGCGUCUAUCAAAAUUGAGUGAUGUCAAUACUGUAGAAUAAACUGGACACUUAGGAUGACGUAAAUUCAGAAGAUUUGUGCUUUUGUGGGAUAAUGAUCAAAUUCAAAACAGAUUUGAAAGCAUCUGCAUGAACUGAAGGACAGUUCAAGGUGAAAAGGAUAACAUCAACGAAAUCAUGCCGGGUGAUGCACGAAGAUGUGCUGCAGUCUUUUAGCCAUUCUUCCAAUCUGUGCAGUCAUUGUUAGCUCACUGUCUUUCGUCUUCCAGUUCAUAGCGCUACCUUCUGACGAAUGGGGACACUUUGCGACAAGGAAAAUACGUGGCAUCCCAGAUGAAAAGGGUCAUUUUGGUCUGUGGAGACUAUGUUCCACCAAGGGUGGUUCAUAUGUGGAGGACUGCGUCCAUCCGGAAGACACGACUUACCAGCUUCCCAUCUACGCUAAUGCUGCUGGUGCAGUGUCCAUUUUUCAUCUUUUGAUAAUGGCGUCGUUCAUCGGGUUGGCAAUCAUCAGAAUCAUACAAAUAUCGAGGGAAGCUCCAGACUUGUAUAUUGGAACGAAAAGGCUUUGCAUUGUAAAAGUUGCUGUUGCUUUAAUUUGUGUUAUACUUUCCAUAACGGUGUCAAUUUUGGCAAGUGUAGGUGAAGGAAAUAUUCGACAAUUUAAUGUGUUUAAAGGUUGGGCAUUCUGGAUACAGAUCUUGAUAAUAUCAGUGAACAUCGUGCUCUUGCUGGUGUGUGCAUUCGAAAACAUCCAGUACUGGCAAGUUCGAAUGAUAGAGCCACCACCACCGGAUCCUACAGAUCAGUUUCCAGAAACUUUCAUCACGCCUGAUUAUGAAAUUCCAACCGAUUUCGGGGGAGAUCGUGUCGUAUAUGUCAAAGACGCAGGCGUCCAGUCACAGUUGGACGGAUAUGACGGAGAGAAUUACCUGCAGGUACCCAAGCCAUCAUAUAGGUCGAAUGAUAGAACUCACAAAAAAUCCAGAUCUUAUGAAGAAGAUGAAGAUGAUGGGUAUGAUAAUAAAGGUGCCACUGUGAUCACAAUCAGUGGAAGGGGCAGUCCUCACCCAAGAAAAAAGAAUUCGGCUCACCCUACAAGAGUGAUCUGAAGAAUGCUACAUUCUGUUAAAAGACAAUUCCUCACGCGUUUUACAGAAUUCUGUUGUUUUCGGGGUGGAGGAAUGAAACACUCCUAAUUAGUUAGUCACCAUGCUUACUGUGAUGACUAGCAAGUCCUUUGAUCGAUAUCGAUUGAAAUUCUCUCUAAAAUUUCUUAAAUCAAAUUUUGAUUAGAAGUAAACUGAUGCAAAAACUCACUAUUUUGAAUUGAAAAAGGAACUCCUUGAAACCCUAAAACAUGUGUCUGCAGUAAUCUGCUAAUUUUGUGCGAUAAGACAAGUUGUUUACUUUCAUUUCAUUUCUGAAAAGAUAUUUAUUUAUUUCUUAAAACAAGAGAAUUCUAAUAAAAGUUUCAAAACUAUUCAGAAUAACCUAUUUUUCAAAACAGGAAUAAAUUUAUUGCGUUCCACUUGUUUUUGUUUUAAUAUAUAAAAUUUGAUUCAAUCCUUCGCAGAUGGUCUUCACAAAUUUGUUUUGGGAAUUUAAAUCAUUAUACUUAGCUAGUCCUUUUAAGGUUCGAUGCUUAGAAAGCAAUAAACAGGAAUAUCAUGAAGUUUUCCAUUAAAAUAGAAAUAAGUUGCGCGCUUCAUAAGUUAUCCAAAACUUCCCACACAUACUGUGAUUUAUUUAAAACUACUUUAAAACAUAAGUAAAUUGAAUUAUAUUUCUAAAAUAUAUCAUUAUAGAACUAACAUGAAACAGAAAGCAUUUUUCUACUUUGCUUUAUAUAACUACCAAAUGGUUUCAUAUUCUCCAGCAUCUGGGACUUCAUGCAGGUUUCGUGGCACAGACUUCUGAAGACGUUAAAAAUUUCGAGUUUCUUUCUCAAAUUUUCCUUGAGACAGACCUGAAACCAUAAUUACUGCACACUCUCUACAAUAAGAAUUUAAGAUUUAUUUAAACCGAAAUUGGACUCAAAAUAAAUGAAAUAACCAAAAUGUUUCUAUGCUUAAACUCACGGAUGACAAGAACAAGCACAUAAGAUAAAUAUUAUUUUUCUGACUACUUAAUUUAUAAAUGCUGUGCGGACCAUAAUGCAAAAUAUGUUAUACGGCCACGUCCAAUUUAUUGUUAGAAUUGCUAUACGACCGAUAAUACAACAUCCAAGAAAAAUUAAACUGUUGCAAAAAAGUGGACAGAUGGAUCUAUUAUUAUGGUAUUCAAAUAAUUUACCCUUUUUAGAUAAAUCUUUCAUCAAAAUAUAUUAGGGUUUUAGACCGCUUACGUUACAAAUAUUAAUUUCAUGAUCCAAAAUAAAUUUCACUAAUGUUUUCAACCAUGUAAAUCAUGUUCUUAUUGUUCAGCUCCGUUUAAGGGUCAUUUCAUUGUAUUUUGGACAAAUGUAGAGUCUAUAACAGGACACUUUUUGCCAUAACUAUUUAAUUUACUAUUUGAUCAGCACAUUAUUUUAAUUUGAGUCUGUGCGUUGGUAGGACAAAUUUAAAAAAAAAUAAUGUGCUGAUCGAACAGUAAAUUAAAUAGUUAUGUCAAAAAAGGUCAUGUUACGGACUCCACGUAAAUGUCAAAAAUACUGUGAAAUGACCCUUAAUGAAAAUAAUAAUAAUAAUAAUAAUAAUAAUAAUAAUAAUAAUAAUAAUAAUAAUAAUCCGCUGUGUACCUGUGGAAGUUUAUGCAUUCAUUUCCAAAAGUUAAGCACGUAUAGGUAAAAUGCUUAAAAAAAUAAAAAAAAAAAAAUAAAAAAAAACAAGAGCUUUUUUGAUUGACAAGAAAUAUUGUUGUAAAGUCGCAAAUAUGUUUUUUUUUUUUUUUUCUAAAACGAAGCAAAAAAUUACUAACACAGAUGAAAACAAUAUUGAAUUGUCAAACAUUAAAAGCUGACGUCAUAUUAGCAUCAUUACCAAAAUGAUGUUUGAAGUCGAAACAAAUACCAAAAUUCGACUUUAAUAGGACAUGUGAGGACCCUUUUCAUUUAAUUGUCCUUUCCGUGCUUAUUUUUUUAACUAAUAAAUGAUUUUAGAAGUCAAAAUAAAUAACAGAAUCAGACAUUGAUAAUAUAUAUAAGGACCUUUUUCAUUCAUUUUUCGUUCCCAUGCACAACUUUUGGAAGUAAGUAUAAAUUGUACAUAAAACUACGUACUAAAAACAUUUCUAACAUUAUAUGAUAGAAAUUUCUCCCUAAACGGCUGAACCACAUUGCAUAAUUUUUUGCUGAUUGAAAAUCUCAAAUGGAUAUUGCUGGCUGUGAUUUCUGAAUUUAAUAACGAUGUUCGUUUUAAACGUAACGAAACAUUAUUUCAGGUAACUUGACAUAUCUUAUGUGUUUUUGGUGAAAAAAUUACAUACAUAGGAAGGAGUGUUUCAUCCCUCCCCCCUCCCUCUCACACACAGCUCUACCAUUAGAAAUAUGAGAGAGAAAAUAUAUAUGUAUUAUUUUGUGAAGGGAUAAACUCAAUAAAACAUUUCUUUUUUUCAA